CCGAGCGGAUAACACUGCGUUGUUGUAGUUCUUGGAGUCCCAGCGAUACGAUACACACACCACCCACUAGAAACACACACUCAAUAAAUAAAACACAAGAGGAGCAGCCAUACCAAAAUCAACACUAAAUACCAGACACCAGAUAAAAGACAACAUCAAGCUGAAUACGAAUUGAAAAUUCGAAAAGAAAAUUCAAAACCGAAAUUGAAAUUGAAACAAAGCGAAAAGUUAUCGGAAAGCAAAGCGGAAAAGGAGAAAAUCCAAGGUAAACAACCACCAACAAGUAAAAAAAGGCCUUCGCAGCGAUAAAAGGGUCUACAUCUUUUCCUGAGCUUGAAAAAUCAAUCGGCAGGAAGAUGGAAUGACCAAAAUUCGCUUAGUUGGCACCCCAGAAAAUGCUGCCACAGCCAGCGGCAGCGGUGGCAACAGCAACAACAACUACCACUCAAUCAGCAACAUCUGCAACAUCGACAGCGGCAACAUCGGCGACAGCAGCAGCAGCAGCUAGGAAUGGCCAGCGACGUCGCGUGGCAGCAGCAACAGAAGGCUGCAACAGCAACAUCGGCAACAGCAACAGCAAGCUCAGCAGCAGCACCACAACCACCACCACCAACAGAGUAAGUCAAAUGCAUUCCAACGAAGAGCCGCCCAUGACGGUGAUCGUCGAUGGGGGCGGUGGCAGCAACGUAUCCGUUUCCGGUGGCAGCGGCCAUCGAAGGGGCAGCCAGCGGUUGCGGAAAACCAGUUCCUCCAGUGCCAAUGCCAAGUCGGCGUCGGCGAAUCCUGCGGAAAGGACGAGCAGCGGCCAGAGGUCAUCGCAUCGCCAGACAUCGAAUGCAUCCGAUGGUGGUGGCAGCAGCAGGCGCCGCUAUCAGGGAAAGGAGCACCACGAUCGACGCGAUCGUCAGGAUCGCCAAGAUCGUCAGGAGCGUUCGGAUCGCCAUGAGCGCCGCGAGCGUCGCGAUGAGCAGCAGGCGGCACGUCGGCGAACAGGACGCCGGCACAGUGGAGCCUCAUCGCUGAGCGAUGCUGCCGCUGCAACAGCCGCCGGACGAUCCCGGUCGAGAGGAGGAGGACGAACUGGUGGAGCGGUCAGCUCAUCGACCGGCUCCAGCUGCAAUGGCAGCUGCAGCUCCGACGACGGCGACUCCUCGCACACCUCGUCAUCCAGCUCGUCCAGCUCGUCCGGCGAACCGAAUCUGCCGUAUCCGGGAUUCCCCGAGAUCUCUAUCAGGGCGCUGACGCAGUACACCCGGCCGCGCAACUGGUGCCUGAUGCUCAUCACCAAUCCAUGGUUCGAGCGCGUCUCCAUCCUGGUCAUCCUGCUCAACUGCAUCACCCUCGGCAUGUAUCAGCCCUGCGUGGACGACGCCUGUGUGACGAACCGCUGCAAGAUCCUUCAGAUCUUCGACGACAUCAUCUUCGCCUUCUUUGCCCUGGAAAUGACCAUCAAGAUGGUGGCCAUGGGCAUCUGUGGCAAGAACACCUAUCUGGCGGACUCGUGGAAUCGGCUGGACUUCUUCAUCGUUCUGGCAGGUCUGCUGGAGUACGUGAUGCAUGUGGAGAAUCUCAAUCUGACUGCCAUACGAACGAUUCGAGUGCUGCGUCCGCUGCGGGCCAUCAAUCGAAUACCCAGCAUGCGAAUCCUGGUGAUGCUCCUGCUGGACACCCUGCCCAUGCUGGGCAAUGUCCUCUUGCUCUGCUUCUUCGUGUUCUUCAUCUUCGGCAUUAUUGGAGUCCAGCUGUGGGAGGGAAUUCUGCGGCAGCGAUGUAGUCUGAUGCGAACCGAAGGCAUGGUCUAUCCCCUCACGGUUCCUGAAGUGUACAGAGUUCGAGUCCGUGUUAACUCCCUGUCGCAGUACUACGAGUUCUCCAAAGAUCAGGACUAUAUCUGCUCCACGCCCAACGAUUCGGGGAUGCAUCUGUGCGGAAACUUCCCGCCGUAUCGCAUUGGUUCGCUGGUCUGUAAUGAGGAGGCCAAGCUGUUCGACUUCAAUGAGCCGACGAACACGUCCUGCGUCAAUUGGAACCAGUACUAUACCACCUGCAAGCAGAGCGGCGAGAAUCCGUUCCAGGGCACGAUAUCCUUCGACAACAUCGGCAUGGCCUGGGUGGCCAUAUUCCUGGUCAUCUCACUGGAGGGCUGGACGGACAUAAUGUAUUACGUGCAGGAUGCGCACAGCUUUUGGGAUUGGAUAUACUUUGUGCUGCUGAUUGUGAUUGGUUCGUUCUUCAUGAUCAACCUGUGCCUGGUCGUCAUCGCCACGCAAUUCUCGGAGACCAAGAAACGCGAGAUGGAGCGGAUGCGACAGGAGCGAGCCCGGUACACAUCCACUUCGACCUUGGCCAGCAGCACAAAUAACUCGGAACCGGCCACCUGCUAUGCGGAGAUCGUCAAAUAUAUCGCCCAUCUGUGGCGGCGCUUCAAGAGACGAAUGUUAAAGAAGUACAGAUUAUAUAAGUACCAGCGACAGCAGCGCAAGGAGGGCCUACUGCCCAAUGCCGACAAUUUGACCUUCUCGCCGUCGCGGAUCAAGUGCCAUCAUCCCAAGUGCCCCAAGUACAGUAAUCGCAAGCCGUCCAGUAUUCAGGAUCAGAUGAUUACCGUCAUGGUGCCGCUCAAUUCGGCUAGCAACAACAACAAUAACAACAACAGCACCAGUAGCAACCACAAUGGCAGUGGAAACCACACAGCUGGCGGCGGUGGCAACAACAAUAACAACAACAACAAUGCCGCCAGCUGCACCACAGUGGCGCUGGUCAAUGGGAUAAAUGGCAGCGCCGCCAGUGUGACCAUGUCCUCGGCCCACCACCAGCAACAUCAAUUGCUGCAACAUCAACAGCAGCAACACCAAAACCAACAGCAGCAGCAGCACUCCUCGUCGGACAACACGGAGCAAUCUCUGGCCCCAGACGGAUUGCCCCGGAGUUCCUCGCUGAAAAAGUCCACCGCACAUCAUCAGCUGAAGCCGGAGGGCAGUGCCGCCGAGCAGAAGACCAUAUUGCUGAAGUUUCCGCAGCAAAUGAUUGAUUCCGAGCAGCUAAUUCUGCAGUUGGGAAAUUUGGGCAAGAGUCAUCCGUGCACCUCGGGCUUCCUAAGUCCGCCCACCUCGGCCAGCCGGCGACCUUCGGUGAUGUUCAACGAGUACGUGCUGCUCCACACGCCGCCAGCCCUCAACGCAGAUCCGGCAACGGCGGGCACCACCACUACGGUGGCUCCAACAGUCGCAACAGUUGCAGCUGCUGCAGCAGCGGCGGCUACAGGAUCCGGCGGUGGCAAUAACAACCACCAAAAUGGCGGUGCAAUUGGAGGAGCUGGGACUGGGGGAACUACUGAGAAAAGCAACAUUUUCUCGACGGAAAAGAUGACCCAAGCUGGCGAUGGCAGCAUCUGGCAGGUUAAUCUGCCGCAGACCAUCGGCACCAUUGCCAAUCCCUAUGCCGAUUGCUCUGAACUUGGUAUACACGAUGCGAUGACUUGUCAAGAGCUCUUAGCAUUCUCUGUGGCCUUUUCAGCGGCCUUGCCGACGGGCCAGAGUACGCUAGAGUCAUUCUACACAUCGCUGGCCCGCUGCGAUCCCCACACCGCAGAGGCGUUGCGGGCGCACCACAAGCCGCGCUCAGUGCCCACUGGCCAAAAUCAAACGCCACCGGGCUCCGAAGGAGCGACUGUGAUGGUUGCCUCAACGGCUGGUGAUCCCGGCCAGACACUUCAACCCUCGACAGUGUCGGCAGUGGUGGGCGGACCCAUCGAUAGCCAUGCGGCGAACCACCGUCGAAAAGAGCACCACCAGCAGUCGCACCACCAUCACAACAAUAACAAUACCACCAGUCACAGUCGCAACUAUCGCUCACGGCAGGGACAGGGAAAUUCGCGAAUGCGCGAGCCCCGCGCCCCCACUGGCAACUAUAUGGAGGACUAUGCCUGCUGCUAUGAUCUCUACCAGAAUGCCCUGUCGCCACUGGACGACCGGCCCAGGCAGAGAUCGCCGACGACUCGCUGUCUGAUCUCCGUGUACCGAUGCUUGUCGCGCGUGUGCAGCUGGAUUCGUCGCUACAUCCGGCGAUUGGUGGAGCACAAGUACUUCCAGCAGGGCAUCUUGUUGGCCAUCCUGAUAAACACGCUGUCCAUGGGCAUCGAGUACCAUAACCAGCCGCCGGAACUGACCGCCAUUGUGGAGACGAGCAACGUCGUCUUCUCCGGCAUCUUUGCUGUUGAAAUGUUGCUAAAGGUUGUUGCCGAGGGUCCAUUCCGCUACAUUGCCAAUGGAUUCAAUGUAUUCGAUGGCAUCAUCGUUAUUCUCAGUGCCAUUGAGAUCUGUCAGACGUUCAUGGGCAACGGAACGGGUGGUGGUGGCUCCGGGCUGUCCGUGUUGCGGACAUUCCGGUUGCUGCGAAUCCUUAAGUUGGUCCGGUUUAUGCCCAACCUGCGACGCCAGCUAUUCGUGAUGCUGCGCACAAUGGACAACGUGGCCGUGUUCUUCUCCCUUCUCGUUUUAUUCAUCUUCAUAUUCAGCAUACUCGGCAUGUAUCUGUUUGGCGGUAAGUUUUGUAAAUUUUUGGACGAAUCCGGACUCGAACGCGAGUGCACGUGUCCCGAAAUAAUCAGCCGGCAUCCGCAAUGCGAGUGCGAUCGCAAACACUUCAACAACAUUUUGUGGGCCACAGUCACAGUAUUCCAAAUACUGACGCAAGAGGAUUGGAACGUCGUCCUGUUCAACGGAAUGGAAAAGACAAGUCAUUGGGCCGCAUUGUACUUUGUGGCACUAAUGACGUUCGGCAAUUAUGUGCUAUUUAAUUUAUUGGUGGCCAUUUUGGUUGAGGGAUUCAGUUCAGAGCGAAAUGAACGUCGCGAGCGCGAACAGCGCGAGUUGGUUAAGAAACUGCGUGAGGAGACGCUGGCCGAGAACUACAGCGAUGGUAUGUACGAUGAGUCGCGGAGCGAGGCGGACUCCUCGACCACCAACGAUAGUUACUACGAGGUGCGCAACCGCUGGCGAUCGGCGGAGGAUGUGCGCAAGCUACAGGACUCCGCGGAGCUGAUCAUCGAGGCCAAGAGCAACAUGCACCGCCAGCGCCUGCUGCAGCCCACCCACGACUACCAGAUCAACGAGCUGCCCGCCUCGUCUGCCGCCCCUUCCGCCUCUGGCACCUCUGGCGCCUCCGCACCUGGCGAGCGGGAGAGGGACAGGGACAGAGACAGAGAUAGGGAGCGAGACAGAGAUAGGGACAGGGAGCGGGACAGAGAGGCGGGCGGCGGCGGCAAGGAGGAGGGGGCGCAGCAUGCCAAGCCGCGCGGCGGCCUCAAAAAGACAUACUCCAUCAAGGAGCGGCGCAGCGAGGCGCCACGCCUCUCCAAAAUCCGGCUCGCCCGGGAUCCGCCCAUCAUCACGACAACGGCGGCCACGCCGCAGGACUCGCCCAGCACCACCUUGGAGCCGGGCAUGAGCUUCCGCCAGUGGGGCGACAUGGAGCCACCCAGUCCGCCCUCUCCGUCGCUUUUGCGACCGCCGAACAUCUUUACCGGCGGACAACGGAGUCUGGACGAGGGCAUACCCUCCAUCGAUCUCAUACCGCCCUCGCCGGUGCUCUCCCACAAGCCCCUGAACAUCCUCAAUGCCAGCCAACUGGGCGUGGGCAUGGGAGGCGGUGUCCCUAGCACCGCCGGCAGUUCGGGCAGCAUGCACAGCGUGAUCAUCGACGACAUUUCGAAGAGCUCCAGCUCAACGGCGGCGGCUACGCCCAUUUAUGUGCCCACCAUCUCGUCCACAGCGGACGCGCAGAGUCAGAGCCACAGUCUCAACGAUGUAAGUGUGGGCUCCAGUCCAGGAGGCGAGAUUCCCGCAACGGGAAUGGGCAGGAAUGCCAACACGGGAGCCUCGACCAGUGGCAGUUCGUCCAGCGAGCGCCUGCCCUUGGCUCCACCUCCUCCUCAGCAUGGGAGUUUUAAGCAGCGCUUACGGCGCGGUAGCUCCAAAAAGCGACGUGCCUCCGCUUUGGCGCUGGCCACAGACGACAAUCCAGCUCGAAGGACCCUGGAUAAUCAGGCUCGCAGGACCCAGGACGAGGAGGAAGAACAGCAGCAGCUGAACAAUGGCGGCGAUAACAGCUGUUUGCUGAGAAACAGCAGCGCUGUGGUCAGUGGUUCGUCCUCCGGCACCAAGGAGACCAAUCGCCUCAGUCCACAAAACUCCAUACGGAGGUUAUCCAAUACACUGAGUAUAGGCAGCGGACCGGUGGGCAGUCGUCGGGCAUCGGCUUGCAUUUUCAACUCGCAGGUCUAUCAGAAUCUAAAUCAACCGCCCAAACUGCGUCCAGGGUCCGGGCAACGAAGGAUGAGCUCCAUCGAACUUGCGUUCAGCAAGACUUCGCACCUGAAUCUGCACAACCUGGAGGCCAACCGCAAGUCGCUCUCGUACACGAACUCGAAGAUGGACCUGGACAAGUGGAACAAGUCGUACGGCAAUCUCAACGAGCCGGACAACAUGCUGCAACAGUACAUGGAGGCGCGGGACAAGCGCAAGAACUCCAUCAGCCACUACAACCUGAAGAAGCGGCUCGAGGAGAAGGAGCUGCAGCAGCUGCAGCAGCUCCACCAGCAACAGCUGCUCCAGCAACGGCAGGACUCCUUCUCCUCGACCACCCAGCAGCAGCAGCUGCAGCAGCACCGCUUGUCCAAGGAUCAGCAGCAGCUGGCGAUGCAGCCACAUUCCAUGGUGCCAGGAGGCGGCGAGCGCUACUCCAAGCUCAAGAUGCUCAUCGAGCAGCUGACGCCCAAGCACUUUACCACCGAGCGCGAGGACUACUCGCUCUACAUAUUCCCAGAGGACAACAGGUUCCGGCAAAUCUGUACGUGGUUUGUCAACCAAAAGUGGUUCGACAACGUGGUCCUGCUGUUCAUCGCGCUCAACUGCAUCACCCUGGCCAUGGAAAGACCAAACAUCCCUCCAAGCAGCACCGAAAGAUUGUUCCUGGCAACAGCCAAUUACGUGUUCACCGUCGUCUUUACCGUCGAAAUGUUUAUCAAGGUGGUGGCAACGGGAAUGUUUUACGGCCACGACGCCUACUUUACGUCCGGCUGGAAUAUCAUGGACGGAUCUUUGGUUACCAUUUCCAUAAUUGAUUUGUUAAUGUCCCUGAUUAGCGAAUCGAGUCCGAGGAUAUUUGGGAUUUUAAGGGUGUUUCGACUACUCCGAUCCUUGCGGCCGCUGCGGGUGAUCAACCGAGCCCCGGGUCUGAAACUAGUCGUGCAAACGCUCUUAUCGUCCCUGCGUCCCAUCGGCAACAUCGUGCUGAUCUGCUGCACCUUCUUCAUCAUCUUCGGCAUCCUGGGCGUUCAGCUCUUCAAGGGCACCUUCUACUACUGCGAGGGAGAGAACAUCAAGGGCGUGCGGAAUGCGGACGAGUGCCGCCGGAUUCCCGGCAACGUGUGGACCAACCGCAAGUACAACUUCGACGAUCUGGGCAAGGCCCUGAUGUCCCUAUUCGUCCUGAGUUCCCGCGACGGCUGGGUGAACAUUAUGUACACCGGCCUGGAUGCGGUGGGCGUCGACCAGCAGCCCAUCGUGAACUACAACGAGUGGCGUCUUCUGUACUUCAUCGCCUUCAUCCUGUUGGUGGGCUUCUUCGUGCUGAACAUGUUCGUCGGCGUGGUGGUGGAGAACUUCCAUCGUUGUCGCGAGGAGCAGGAGAAGGAGGAGAAGAUCCGACGGGCGGCGAAGAGGGCUCUGCAGAUGGAGAAGAAGCGUCGCCGGAUGCACGAGCCACCCUACUACACCAACUACUCACCCACCCGGAUGUUCGUGCACAAUGUAGUGACCUCCAAGUACUUCGACCUAGCCAUUGCCGCCGUCAUCGGCCUGAACGUGGUCACCAUGGCCAUGGAGUACUACAAGAUGCCAUCUGGACUCAAGUACGCACUAAAGAUCUUUAACUACUUCUUCACGGCGGUCUUCAUCCUGGAGGCCAACAUGAAGCUGGUCGCUCUGGGCUGGAAGCUGUAUCUCAAGGACCGCUGGAACCAGCUAGACGUGGGCAUUGUCCUGCUCUCGAUCGUGGGCAUUGUGCUGGAGGAGCUGGAGACGAACACGCACCAGAUCAUACCCAUCAAUCCGACGAUCAUACGAGUGAUGAGGGUACUGCGGAUUGCCAGAGUGCUGAAACUCCUGAAGAUGGCCAAUGGCAUAAGGGCCCUCCUGGACACCGUGAUGCAGGCCCUGCCCCAGGUGGGCAACCUGGGACUACUGUUUUUCCUGCUAUUCUUCAUAUUCGCGGCAUUGGGCGUGGAGCUUUUCGGGCGACUCGAGUGCUCCGACGAGAUUCCCUGUCAGGGAUUGGGCGAGCACGCGCACUUCGCCAACUUUGGCAUGGCUUUCCUCACAUUGUUUCGCGUAGCGACUGGCGACAAUUGGAACGGCAUCAUGAAGGAUACGCUGAGGGAUAAUUGCGAUGACGCGGCCGAUUGCGUGCGCAAUUGCUGCGUCAGCUCAGUUAUUGCUCCCAUAUUCUUUGUGAUAUUCGUGCUAAUGGCGCAAUUCGUUUUAGUGAACGUCGUCGUGGCUGUACUGAUGAAACACCUCGAGGAGAGCCACAAGCAAAUGGAGGACGAGCUCGACAUGGAGGUGGAGCUCGAGCGCGAGCUGGUGCGCGAGCAGGAGUUCGCCCAAGAGCAAAAGCUGUGCCAGCAGCUGGCGGAGGCGCAAUCGAAGGCGGCCGCUCCCCCGCGCCCCCUCGCCAAGGUCAAGUCGCUGCCGAAGAACUUCAUCUACAGCACACCCUCGCUGGACAAGAAGUUCCCAGCGGUUUCGGGCGUCAACAAUCCCAGCCUGACCAGCUCGGCGGCCACCAAUCUCAACCAGGUGGCGACGGCGGGAAGUGGGGGUGCGGCACCGGGAGCGGUACCGGCCGGAUCGGGAGCUGGACCACGGAGGCAGACCGUACAGUACUUCCAGCAGCCGCCACAGUCCAUGCUCGGCGGCCUGAGUCUGGCCGAGAUGGGCGGCACGCUGACGCCUCAGGCACUCGGUGCCCGAUUGGGCGAACCCUUCGGCGGCGGAGGAGGAAGCAAAUCUGGGCCACGACGCCAAUCCUACUGGCAGAUUAAUCCAAUCCGUAAGCGCGGCGUGCUGUCCAAGGAGCGCUCACUGGACGAGCAGGCCAUCCGUAGACGGAAUCUGGAGGCCAAGCGCACCAGCUGCGACUCGCUCCCAUGGGGCGGAGAUGCCCUCGACUGUCGUAGGGGCACGAUCUUCGAGAGCCUCGAGUCCGAUGGGGGAGGAGUAGGGGGUGGUGGUAGUGGCGGCGGUGGUGGUGGACUUGGAGGAGGAGUUUCCUACGAUUUACGGAGCGUACGCAGCGCGGAUGUCGGCCAUUCGGAGACGGAUGGGGAUGUGUCCCUGUCGGUGGUCAGUGCGCUGGUGCCCUCCGUAACGACGCCACUGCCCCCACCCCUGUCCUUGCCCAUUGUCACGCCCACGUCGACGCCCACGCCCCUGCAAUUGCCAAUGCCAUUGACAAUGCCAAUGCCCAUGCCGAUGGCACAUCCUCCACCACGGAGACCCUUUGGAUGGUCGCAGUCCGUGGACCAAGGAUGUAUGCGGAGCAACCUGCUCCUCUCCGUUCCCAGAUCCAUGCCGCCGCGCAGUCGCAGUGGCAGCACCAAGCAACUGUUCAAACAACAGGCCCUGGACGAGGAUGCCGACAUGGAUGAGAACUCGCUGCUUCUGCCAACAGCAGGUGGAGGUGGCUCUGGACCCGGAUCGGUGUCAGUCAUAGCCUCGAGUUCGCUGGAUCUGCCAGAUCAGAGCGGCAGCUCCAAGCACAUCCUUCCAGACGUCGCACUGGGGGUCAGUAAGUCCGACUCCUCGGACAUCCUGCGCAUCAUCAGCGAGCGGAGGCGCAUGGAUCAGCGGGAGCAGAGGGAGCCAGAGCAGGAUCAGGACAACGAGGCAGAGGACAGGGACAGCGACUACAAGGAGCUGCUCCUGGUCAAGUCGCCCCAAUCCUCCAUGGACUAAAUGCACACACACAAACACUCUCUAGAUCGUUACAAGUAGUUAUCUCUAAAUAGGGCCAGGCUUACAACAAUAAUGAUUACUACUGUAGAGCUGACUAACAAGGAUAAUAGCUAGGAUAACAGUUAAGGUAUCCCUUGAUUUCGAAACCUCUAAGUUGGUCCACCUGCAAGCGAAGGAGCUUACUUUCAACCUCUAGAACUCUAUAUACAUUUACAUAUAUUCUUCAUAAUUCGAAAACCUGGCCGCCAUUAAAGAAUACUUUAGGGAAUUUUCUAAACACUAUAACUAUAGCAUUAGGCUUUAGGCAUAAAGAUCGAAGAGUGUGGUGAGAAAACAGAAGUAAUGAUUAUUCGAUAGUUAAUAUACUAUAGAGGAUGCAGGUCAAGUGGCAAAUGGCACACUCUCAGCCGAAAAUAUGGAUGAAAAGCAGUAAAAUAGAAUUGAAAGCAAAGUUAAGUAAACCAUGAAAUAAAAAGUAAAUUACAGCUAGUAAGCAAAAUUGUCAACUGUUUUUAGUGCAAUCCUACGGUUUUCAUAACUUUAACAAGCAAAACUUAUAAGAAGAACUCAAAACUAAUAGAUCGCCAGAGAUCGGUGGAGAUGAGUAGCUAAGUUUCAAGUUGAUUAGAGUGUUUUCCGUUUAAAUGUAGCUGUCGAAAACGAAGAUACAUAACCCCGACGAGGGUGAUGGGAUUAUAUACAAGUGUUAUAUGCGAUUUACAUAUAUACAGUUAUAUUACAUAUACAGUUACUUAUAGGGGAUACUGCAUUCGAAAAAAAAAUGAUGGAAAUUUGUGAACAAAGAAUCAUCAACUCUGUGAUUAGCUCUUAAAGUUUAAACGUUUAUAUGAGAAGCCGUGCAGACACCAAAACCAAAAACAAAACCAAACACAAACACCUGCGAUCUGUAUAUAGAAGGCCUGUAUGUAAACAUAUGUAUUUUACGUAGCUAAGCCAAGGGACAUGAAACUAACGGAAUGAUACCGAACAGAGCCAUCUGAGCGAUAAGCAUUGAUAAGCAAUAGAGAAAUGUAGCUCUUAAGAUCGUACCUAACCUACAAACCUAUAAAAGAAUAAAGCUGCGUUGUUCCAGGGUGUAAAA